AUGACAGCAGUUUUGGAUCCCUUCAAGCCGUUCUCUGCAGAGCUGCACGUCAUCAGACGGCUGAACUUCAGUCUGUACGGGGAUAGUGGUAGAGAUGGACUGGAACCUGGACGUGCAAACUCUCCUUUUUCUAGACGUCACUCCCUUGCUAAGGAUGUCAACCUGGCUCCUUUACGAGUCGAUGUCCCCCUGCUGGAUCCUUGCUGCGGUCAGCUGAGUGCCGGAGCCGAGGUGAACCUGGGGGUCGAAGGUCGACAACAAUUCAUAGAUUUCCAGCAUGUGGCCUCUGCUCUGUGGGUGCCACCAGGUUUCAGAGAGAGGCCACAAACAGCUCCAAACCCCGCUGGUAUCUGUGUAGACCUGAGCGAAGACAAGGCCUGGAACUCCAGGAGGAUCCCUGAUGCAAGAUUAAGAGCAAGACUCAGUGGUUCAACCAAUCCUGUUAAAGUUCAACCACACUCACUGAGGACGUCAACUAAAGCACCGUCACAAAGCAGAUUCACUGGACCUCAGGAUGGCUUCUCUUCUGAUCUGAGGCUGUUGACAGACAACUCACCGGCAGUUCAACGCUUCAGAUACACAUCUGCAACACAGAGGAGUUAUGAGGAAGUUGGUUGGGAUAACAAGUUACCCCGGCGCUUAAAGGCACCAGAAACAACCCUGGAGAAAAUGGCGGACCCAGUGAGUGAGCGUCCCUCAUCGAGGCGCUACAGUUCUCGACCUCAGCUGUGGCAGUCUGUUGGAGCUGAGUGGAACAGGCAGCAGCUUCGAUCGAGGAAUGACGCCAGGAAACCCAUAUCAUUCUGCAGUGGAUGUCCGAGGUCAGGACAAAUCCCUCUGUACACUGGUACGAUCGGCUCUGAGAAUAUGCAGAACAUUGACAACAUGGAUGAAGACUUUCACCCACUGACCCUGAAGAGGAGCACCGUGCCCCCGUACGUCCCUACAGCAUGCCGAACCACCAUCCCCGGAUAUACAGGCAGGGCUGUUGAUGCUAACUGUGCUGCUGAUGCUGCAGUGUCUGUCCCAGCUGUCUCCGGUCCUGCACACUCCUCUGGGACAAUCAAAGAAUCCGGGAGUCCAACGUUUGGCCGUACAGCGCCCCUGUCUCGAAUGGUGACCACCGUGAUCCCCGGCAACCCCUUCCUGAGACCUGCGCCUCCUGUCACCCACAAACACACCAGGAGGCAUUAGACAAAGCAGAUGAAAAAGUUUUGAAGGUGUCAGCUUCCUUUUUAUGCCAUCCAAUCUGUUUAUAUGAAUACGUCUAUAAUGAUGUGAUGUCAGUGACUGAUUC